AUGAGCACUUCGGACUCUCGAAUUUGGUUCAUCACCGGCAGCUCUCAAGGGCUUGGAAGGGCCCUUCUCGAGGAGGUCCUUGCCUCUGGCGAGCGUGCUGUUGCUACUCUUCGCAAACCGACAGUGCUCGCCCCCCUGGUCGAGAAAUACGCCUCCUCCCAGCUUUUGGUUGUUCCCCUCGACGUGACGGACGAGGCGCAGAUUGUAGCUGCAUUCGAAGCCACCAAGAAGCAUUUUGGGAGGCUGGACGUAGUGGUCAAUAACGCCGGCUAUGGCUUGGAAGGCGAAAUUGAAGACACCCCGGAGGCAGAGGCGCGGAAGCAGAUAGAAGUUUUGUUCUGGGGACCCGUUCGCAUCACGAAGGAAGCCAUCAAGUUCCUGAGAGACGUCAACCCUCCGGGAUAUGGUGGUCGCGUGCUCAAUAUCUCUUCCGUAGGUGGUUAUUCCAGCAACCCCACGCUUGCCUUCUACAGUGCCGGAAAAUUUGCUCUUGAGGCCUUCACCGAAGCCUUCACUAAGGAGAUGCUUCCAGAGUGGAAUAUCAAGGGUCUCAUAAUUGAGCCGGGAGGAUUCGAAACCGAGUGGGGUGGUAGCUCCAUGAUCCACGUUCCCAUACACCCCCGCUAUCAAGGCCCCACUUCCCCUGGCUUGGCAUUCAGGAAGAUGCGGGAGGCCUCGCACCAAUACGGCGGCGGCGGAAUCGGAGACCCUAACAAAGGAGGGAAAGUGCUAAUGCAGAUCGCAAGCAUGCCCAACCCGCCUCUCCGCAUUCAGCUAGGCACAGACAGUCUAAUGUUGGUGCGCAACAAGGCGUUGAAGACCGUCCGGGACGGCGAGACGUUUGAGGAGAUCUCGCACUCUACCAACAAGGAUGGUAUCGAUAAGGAUCAGAUUCUGGGCAUGAUUAAGGAAGCUAACGUUUAG